AGGAGAGGAGGGAGUCCUCAGCCGAUCACAGGGAGCCUGAGCCGGGAAGUCCGUUCUUCCCAUCAUGAGCCCUAAAUCCGGCCCGGGGUCCGGCCCCCAGACCCUCCUCCCGCCCAGCCCGAGGACCAUCCACUCUCCCGGCCGCUGUCUCCCGCUCCCGCCCCCCCCAGGACCGGCUCGCCUUCAUCUCCGGCUGCUGCCGUCGUCAAUGCUGCUGCUGCUCCUACUUCUGCUCCCGCUCCAGCCAGCGUCCGCGGCCCACGGCCCGGAGAGUCCCGCAGCAGUGAACCCAUGUUGCUACUUCCCAUGCCAGAACAAAGGCGUGUGUGUACGCUUUGGCUUGCACCACUACGAAUGUGACUGCACAAGAACCGGCUACCAUGGACGCAACUGUACCUCUCCCGAGUUCUGGACCUGGCUCCGGAACGCCCUGCGGCCCAGCCCGGCUUUCUACCACUUCAUCCUGACCCACGGCCGCUGGUUCUGGAACCUCAUCAACAGCACCUUCAUCCGCGAUUUUCUCAUGAGACUGGUGCUUACAGUGCGUGCCAACCUGAUCCCCAGCCCCCCGACGUACAACUCGGCUCAUGGCUACAUCAGCUGGGAGGCCUACGCCAAUGUGACCUAUUAUACCCGCGUGCUGCCCCCGGUCCCUGACGACUGCCCCACGCCUAUGGGGGUCAAAGGGAAAAAGCAACUCCCGGAUCCUGGACUGCUGGCUGAGCGCUUCCUGUUGCGGAAGGCAUUUGUGCGUGACCCGCAGGGGACCAACCUCCUGUUCGCCUUCUUCGCCCAGCACUUCACCCACCAGUUCUUCAAGACAUCGGGCAAGAUGGGCCGCGGCUUCACCAAGGCCCUGGGCCACGGCGUGGACCUGGGCCAUGUGUACGGAGACACGUUGGAGCGUCAGCACAAGCUACGGCUCUUUAAGGGAGGGAAGCUUAAAUACCAGGUGCUGAAUGGGGAGAUGUACCCACCGUCUGUGAUGGAAACGCGGGCAAACAUGACAUACCCGCCAGGUGUGCCGCUGCAUGGGCAGCUGGCCGUGGGGCAGGAGGUGUUCGGCCUGCUCCCGGGGCUCAUGGUGUUGGCCACGCUCUGGCUGCGUGAGCACAACCGCGUCUGUGACAUCCUGCAGGCUGAGCACCCAUCCUGGGCCGAUGAACAGCUCUUCCAGACCGCUCGCCUCAUCCUCAUCGGGGAGACUAUCAAGAUUGUCAUUGAGGACUACGUCCAACACCUCAGCGGCUACCACCUGCAGCUGAAGUUUGACCCAGAGCUACUGUUUGGGGUCCAGUUCCAGUACCGGAACCGCAUCGCAGUGGAGUUUAACCAGCUUUACCACUGGCACCCUUUGAUGCCUGACUCAUUUGUAGUUGGGUCCCGGGAGUACAGCUAUGAAGAGUUUGUCUUCAACACCUCCAUGCUCCUUGACUAUGGCGUGGAGUCGCUGGUGGAUGCUUUCUCCAGGCAGCCUGCUGGGCAGAUUGGUGGCGGGGAAAACAUCAACCGCCACAUCCUCCAUGUGGCCAUCGGGGUCAUUGAGGAGUCGCGGGAGCUGAGACUGCAGCCCUUCAAUGAGUACCGCAAGCGUUUUGGCCUGAAACCCUACAAGUCCUUCCAGGACCUCACAGGCGAGCAGGAGAAGGCAGCCGAACUGCAGGAGCUGUACGGUGACAUCGAUGCUCUGGAGUUCUACCCGGGGCUGCUGCUGGAGAAGUGCCAGCCCAACUCCAUCUUCGGGGAGAGCAUGGUCGAGAUCGGCGCGCCUUUCUCCCUCAAGGGUCUCCUGGGUAACCCCAUCUGCUCUCCUGAGUACUGGAAGCCCAGCACCUUCGGAGGGGAGACCGGCUUCAACAUCGUCAAGACGGCCUCGCUGCACAAGCUCGUCUGUGCCAACGUCAAGACCUGUCCCUAUGUAGCCUUCCAUGUGCCCGCCCCCGCCGAUGGCGAGGGGCCGCGUGAGCCAUCCGGUGAACUGUGAGGGGGCUGGGGGGAGGGAAGCAGGGAGGGAGGGAACUGGCCACAUCACUGCAGAGGGAGCCAGCAGGAUUUCUGUUGGAUCAGUCAAUCGAUCAAUCACGUCUAUCAUAUUUAUUAAGUGCUUAGUAUGUGCAGAGCACUGUAUUAAGCACUUGGAAGAGUACAAUCGAAUAAAAUUGGAGGAUACGUUCCCCGCCCACAACGAUUUCA